CUUUCACGUCAAUCCGUUUCGAAGUUCUCGCAGCAUCGUCAUCCGUGGUUUCUUUCAAUGAGCGAGGUCGUAAACGCUAUCGUUGCUUUUGCAGUUAUCGUCAUUAUAUUCCGAUGGGCAACUUCAUCAGCCAGCGACUCUUCCAGCAGGUCAGCAUCUUCAGCUCUUGGCUUCAGGCCAAAGAAUGUGACGCAGGAAAUGGUCAAUCAGAUACAUUCCAUGUUUCCGACCAUACCACAAGAUAACAUCCGUUAUGACUUGCUGAGGACAGGGAGCGUCGAGAUUACCUCAAAUAAAAUUCUCGAGCGUGGAUAUCUUGAUGCGCCUCCUCCAGCAUAUUUCACUGUUUAUUCUCGUGCAGAGGUUUCCCCACAACUCCGGCAAAUUGCUCCUCAAGGGCAAUCGACAAGUUUAGCACCAACCCCGAAAGAAAAUCUUAUAUCCCGUUACAAGCUACAAGACCGAGCACUAUCUUCCACUUUCUCACCUGAAGAUCAUCCUGACACCGGUAAAGCCAACUGGGAGGACACGUCGGAGAAGCGUGAGGCUAGUUUGCAGGAAAGGAAAGCACGAAUGAUUUUGGCCGCCAGACAGCGACUGCUGGCACAACAGACUCAGAAAGAAGAGACAGGCGCGGCAUCAGGGUCUUCGUCACACUGAACAUAUCAUGGAACAAUAUGUCCUUGCAGCAAUGAUUCGGAUGCCCUGACUUCUUGCAUAAUAAGCGUUACUAAAUGCUCUGUACUUAUUGUUGUCGUCUUGCUCAUACAUCUCAUGUCUCAACAUCCUGGACGGACCAUCAUCAUUUGCAAUUCUUUCCUUUGCAGGUCCGACAACAAUGUGAUAUAAUUCCUGUUCAUCCACUGUCUUUUAAAGCUAUACUAGCACGAUCAGUCAGAAUGCUGAGUUGUCAAAGUCUCAGUGGUUUGGGCGCCACUGCUGGUGAGUAAUAGUGCCUGAUACAUCUGAUUAACCCACAAAAAGUUAUCUCUUAGCUGCUUACGACUGCAUCAUGUGGUACGACAACCAUGUUUAUCUCAUAACCUUGUCGAUGGCUGACGAUAUAUUGUCUUGCGGUCCGAGAAAACUAGAUAUAUUAAAAUCAUACCAUACCAUACCUGCUUGAAUGGGUAAUAGCCAACGUUCGC